AUGCCCGUGCUCGUGCUGCUCAUCCUCACGAGGGACGUGGGAUUGGCACUUGCCAUAUGGAAUAGGAUAGGCAGCUCUCAGCUCUCCGCAUCCCUCGUCGUCUUGCCCGACUCUGACCACAUUGCUUCGGGUGCGACUCAGCUUCUGGGGAACCUGGUGACAAGGAGCAGGCCCGCCUCGUUUGCACAAGAAGCUGCCCUCGAUAGCGCUGCUGCUGCUGCUGACUCGGUUCCGUUCGCCUCCUCCCCGGAUGUCAGAGAGGAGUGCCUCCCUCGAUUACGGAUCUCACACCUGAACAUUGCCGGGGAGAGAGAUAGGAAAGUCUCCGGCGAACCGCUGCUGGCCGACGGCAAAUGGGCUGUUACACAGAGCAUGGCAUUCGGGAACCACUAA